AUUAUGGCCGAAGUGCGGCGAUUUGGACAAACACGGAACAUUGUCGUCCAGGUGUCGACAAAAAACAUAUUGUGCAUCGAUGAAGGGUCCGGAGCUAUUUUAUUCGAGCAUCGACUACAAGGAAUUUCGAGGAUUUCACGAUGUCAAAGAGACAAGACCUGUUUUACGUAUUUAUUUAGGGUAAAUUCAGAUGCAGACUUUACGUGUCACGUCUUUAAAGCGGCGGAUUCUGAUACGGUCCACAAAUUCGCACAUGCUAUCAAAGAAGCAACUAGGGAGUUAUUGAAACUGGACCAGCAUGCAAAGGAUCAUGGGAAACUACCCGUAACCGAGGUCCUUAUUGAUGGGACUUCAAGCAACUAUGAAGUGAUGUAUUGUGGGAAGGCUGUUGUGUCACACAAAAAAGCACCACCGAGUCUCAUUGAUGACACUAUCCAAAAGUUCCGAGAAUAUGAACAAGAGAAGAAAAAACGAAAAGAGCUCGAGAAAGUUGAGAGAGAAAUAAGCGAGUCAGAGAAUUGUUGUGCUGACGACUCUCGUGAUAGGACUAAUAGUGUUGACACUGAGCCUGAAGGAAACGAUGACAAUAAUGAAACUGACAAGAUUGUUGAAAAGGAAAACAAAGAGAGUAACAGUGAAACAAAAAGUUGUCGGCGUGGAAUUCACUGUACUGAAAGCGAAAAGAACCGGACAAUCCUUUUCCACAUCAGUAAAAUUGACAUUAGUUUAAUUAGUUUGGAUAAGAAGAGUUUUAUGUUGACAAAGAGGUUUAAAGAAAUAUCAUUUUGCUCACAGGGCAUCAAACACACGGCUUAUUUUGGUUUUAUUUGUCGAGAGAAGACUUGUAACAGUAAUUACAUGUGUUAUGUUUUUAAAUGUCACUCUGGGGCCAUGGUUGAUGAGAUUAUGUUGACUCUAAGGCAGGCGUUUCACUCGGCUUUACAGACGUCACAUGUGGUAUGUGAGACUUGUCCAAUGCAUCAACUUCAUAAGCUAUGCCUCGAGCUAGAAAGUUUGACACCAAGUAAGAUUCAUAGUAUCUUGAGUAAGAGGCUUGAAAACUUAAAUGAGAAUCAGUAUGCAGAAAUCACUGCCAGACUCAAGGAAAGCAAUGAGAGGAGUGAUGAAGAAGAGAAUGAGAUGGUAGUGUCGUUCCUGAGAUCUAUUUGUGAAGCAAAGCAGAAAUCACAUGCACAUAUUAGUGACAACAAUCUAAGAGAGAGUCCAAGGAAUAUUGUCUCUGCUGAUGAACCCAAACCAAUGUCUAAAUUUGAUUCAUUCAAAAAUAAGGCGAAGAAAUCACUGACCUCUUCCUUUGAAAAUCUGUUGGAUGAAGGGGUAUCUAAGAUGGGUAUGGAAUUACCACUAUCAGCGGACGAUGUCUCACAGUCAGCUCCGCCUACACCGGCUAGACUACUGAAAAAGAACAGUAAAGACUGGUCAAGGUCACCAAUAGAUAGUGAUGACUCAAUGUCUUUGCCAUCUCCCAGGAAACGGAGCAGCACUAUUGGAGAUAUUCCUAUAAGUCCAACGUCACCCGGAAGUCCUCGGUAUUUUGAUUUUAAAAAUCCACCACAAGAGAAUGCUGAAAAGUAUGGUGGGAGUCCUGCAGCAAGAAUACUUAGGCGACAAAUGGCUGAGUAUCCACAUGAUGAGUACUCACCAAAGAGAAGAGGAUCAUGGAGGCAAGCAAUAUUUAACAGAGUAGUGACACCAAUGCAUCAUGAGCCAAAAGUUAAUAGUAUAAGAGAAAAUGAUCACGAAAUAGAUUGUCUGGCGUCCCCACCUUCAGUUACAAACACAGUUUCCAUACUAUGUCUCAUGUUUGUCUCCUCCAUGCUGCCUUCUUACAAAAAAAUAGGAUAUUUUGUCUUUUAUAGUGGUUAUUCACUAAUCACAUUUCAAGCCAAUCAGGAUGCCGUAAGCACAAAGAGAAAAAAGUUGGAUUACGAGGAGAUAACACCAUGUCUGCGAGAGAUAACCAGUGUGUGGGAUGAUAUGAUUCAGUCUGCUGAAACCACAAAUACCAAAUAUGAUUAUGAAAAAUUGCUACAGUGUGUUAAACAAGGUGUGCCAAGAAUUAAGCGUGGUGAGAUAUGGGUGUUUCUUAUACAACAACAUGCAGCAAGUAACAGUGCAGUGUUCAACCCACCUGUGAACAGAUAUGAUGACUUAUUAAAACAACUUACAUCUCACCAGCAUGCAAUACUUAUAGAUUUAGGACGUACAUUUCCAACCCAUCCAUAUUUUGCAACCCAGCUGGGUCCUGGACAGCUGUCAUUAUUUAAUUUACUGAAAGCCUAUUCGUUGCUAGACAGUGAAGUAGGUUAUUGUCAGGGGUUGAGUUUUGUAGCAGGAAUACUUCUGAUGCAUAUGAAAGAGGAAGAAGCUUUUGAGAUGUUGAAAUAUAUGAUGUUCCAACUCGGAAUAAGACGUCAGUAUAAACCUGACAUGGUAGCAUUACAGCUACAAAUGUACCAGUUAUCACGUCUACUUCACGAUUACUAUCGUCCGUUACAUGACCAUUUAGAAAUGCACGACAUUACACUUGGAAUUUAUACUUCGCCCGAUUAUCUUGACGAGUACCGUACACAACAAAUCAUAUGAUAUAUAUUGUGUUUUUUAGAUCUGUUGUUUUUACAAGGCAUGGAUGUUGUCAUUAAAGUAUCUCUGAUAAUUCUUGGUAGUCAUUCUGAACUCAUACUACAGUGUAGUAGCUUUGAAAGCAUUGUAGAUUUCCUGAAGAACACAUUGCCAUCACUGGGUAUAAUACAGAUGGAAAGGACCAUCAAUCAGGUGUUUGAAUUGGAUAUCUCCAGACAGCUGCAUGCGUAUGAGGUGGAGUAUCACGUCUUGCAAGAGGAAAUGAUAAACACACCGCACAAGGGAGAUGUUGACCUGGUGGAGAAACUUGAAACAAACAAUCGUGUUUUGAAACAUCAGAAAAUGGAGAUCCUAGAACAACUACAGAAAGCACAUGGUACAGUACACAGUAUGGAAGCCUCUAUUGGUAACAUGCAAGCAACUGUUAAUAAAUACAAAUCUCAGGUCCGUGCACUUGAACUCGAACGAACAGCUCUGCUUACCACUGUGGCUCGGUUGAGAAAACUUAUACCAGAAGAUAAGCUCGAAGAAGCGGGUGUCACAGCAUCACUUUCCGAGUUCACCCUGGGUGAUGAUGUCAAAGAUACCAAUCCAGUGAUGAAGAUGGAUUCAUUUGAUGAAGAUUUGGAUUCGGAGGUAGCAUGUAUAACACGUGUGAAUGAACUGCGGACAAGGGGGAGACACAUGAGUGGGGACAGUGUUGUAAGCACAUGCAGUAGUGAACAGAGUUUAUCCAGUGCAUCAGAUUUUAAAGUUUCGUCACCAGCAUUACCGACACUGUUAUAA